AUGUCUUGGCCGCCCCUGAUGCCGAGGGACGACCUCGGUGACGAGCAACUCCGCAACCUUCAGCAAGGCUUUGAGCGUUACAGGCCCGGAACAAUAUUGACGCUCUGCCCUCGAGAGCCAGGUAUACCGUACGGCCUUCCAGAGUACGGACCAGGAAUCCGCCCCGAGUCCAACGAGUGGUUCCUCCCAAAUUUCGACCCAACCAUCGACCAGCCGGACCACGAAGCGCAAGUCGAGAUCAUCGAAUGCUUGAAGGGUGGUAUCGAGGGUGGUGUCCUAGUCCUUUUGUGCAAGAUCAUCAAGGUGCCAUCUAUCAGGCGUAAUGCUCACCAUCCUCUCACUCGCGAACUAGAGGUUGUGCUCAAAGUAUUCGACUCAGCAUUCUUCCCUCGGCAGCUGGAAAUCUUUCUGCGCGAGCACGCGCCAAGCGACCUUCCCAAUCAGCUCCUGAGCCAGGAGGCUAAUGCUUACGAGUAUUUCUACGACCAACGCAUGACGGGCAAUCCCCAUAUGGUACCACAGUACUACGGCAGCUGGGCAAUCAAGUUUCACGUCAUCGGAUCAGCUGGAUCUGGCAGCUCCCCAUCAUUCCAGACACGUCGAUGGAGAUGUGCUGGCGCUGUGCUUAUCGAGCACAUUCAAGGCCAUUCGCUUGAGAAGAUAUGCAAUGGAUACGAGAGCAGAUUCCUGAUCCCUGGCCAGGCAAUGCUUCCCUUCCCCGAUUCUGCGAGUAAUCAGAGAGGAGGACUCUCGUUGAGGGAUGUGCCAUCCCGACUGAAGAUUCUCAAGCACAUCGUUCAUGGCGGCGUUUGCUUCGAGCAUGUCGGCGCUGACGUCACAAUGUUCAACGAUUUUGCACCGCGCAACAUGUUCCUUACCUUCAGCAAUAAGAGCCAACUGGCCCUAGAAAAUGUCCGCCCCGUUCUUCUUGACUACAGUCGCUGUGUCAUAUGGUCUCAGAGCAAUCAAGGCAUGCACGGACGGCUCGACGAAGUGUACCCAGACGCCCCGCCCAUUCCCAGGAGAUACGUCCUAGACAAAAGCCCAAUGCAGCGACUUCCGAAGCCUCCACACCCUCUGAUCGUCUAUCCUAAUGCCAGCUGGCUGCAGGACUUUGCAGGUUGGUUUCCCGUCGACUGGAUGGAGAGAGGGUCGGACAAACUCGAAGUCUGGAUCAAGAGCGAGUUUGGGGAGCCCGAGCAGCAGCGUACCUACUCGACUGAAAAGAUGCUCAAAGAACAGAAGAAGGAGUUGUGGAAAGUUGGCCAAGAGAGGUACGAAAUGGAGAAACCAUUCCUCAUCGCAAGGGGACGGCAUGACCUCAUCAUCAAGGAUUGCGAUAUCCAUCCAACUCCCCAGGAGAAGCGCCAGGCCGAGGCAGAGGCACAGCACAAAGCACAUGUCAUGCAUUCUAGAAACAUGAGAGAAAUCCAUCGGGAAUAUGGAUGGCCUAUUUCGAGUAAAUUGAAUGCAGCAUGCGAGGAUCCGCCGGCUCCUGAGAUGAGCUCUUAG